GUUAGGAAGGACGUUAGGUUUGAGGUUGGUGUAGAGGAGAAUAACUACCAUGACUUCCAGUGCUUUGACGAAACCUCAGAUGCGAGGCCUUCUGGCCAAGCGUCUGCGAUUUCACAUUGUUGGAGCCUUCGUUGUAUCCCUGGGGGUUGCAGCUUUCUAUAAGUUUGCUGUGGCCGAACCAAGAAAGAAGGCAUAUGCAGAUUUCUACAGAAACUACGAUUCCAUGAAAGAUUUUGAGGAGAUGAGGAGGGCUGGUAUCUUUCAGAGUGCAAAGUGAUUUUGGAAUGUAAAGAAUUUCUUUGGGUUGAGUUCAAUUGAAGUUUGUCACUGACCUGUGUUCCUGAACUAUGAAGCA